AUGUAAUAUUCAGAAUAGGAUGAUGACUACAAACAAUUGAAUUUCAAAGACUUGCAUAAUAAUAUCAUUAAAUUUAGAACACCGAGAUUUGCUGAAUGGGAUGAGGAAUUAAAAUAGAAACUUCUAGAUUGGAACGAAAAAAUAAGAAUGCCUUCUACAAAUUUUAUUGAACGUACAAAUCCAUUAAUGAGAACAAGAAAAAGAUUUGAAUUAAAUAAAUGA